AGGCGUUUGCAGUCCAGACGUUGCCUUGUCAAAUAUCCACCAUGAUGCUACCAAUUGGUGAGGAAUACCUCCCAUCGAAGCGACGCAUGUCCAUCAGCACGGAGACACCAGCCUCUCGUCCAAUAUCGGUCAGUGGACGGAAGAGAAGGAGCAGUCUGGCCCCGACCCCGUCUGACCCUUUAACAGACCUUUUAAACGGAUUCCAGCCAAAGUUCUUGGACCGGCGGCGGAACACCCUCAGCGACACUUCAGGCCCCGUCUUGAAAGAGGAUGACUUCAAACUGGUACUGCUGGGCAAGGCGUACGGGGGCAAGACCAGCUUGUUUCAGAGAUUCGUUUCCGAGUCAUUCCUUGGGGGACAAAAAGGACGAUACCAGACGACGAUAGGUGCGUCUUAUGGCUCCAAGGAACUUCAGGUCAGAGGGAGAAUUCUCAAGCUCGGACUAUGGGAUACGGGAGGGUGCGAGCGCUUCGAAGCCAUCUGCCGGUUGUAUUACCGCGGUGCCAGGGCGGCUAUCGUCUGCUACGAUCUCACUGACCGAAAGAGUUUUGACCGCGCCCAGUUUUGGAUUCAAGAACUCCGAGAUAACGUGCCGGACUGCAGCGUGUAUCUUUGCGGGACAAAAAGAGACCUGCUGAUGGAACCAUAUGAGAUGAAGAGACGGGUAACGAAGGUCGAGAUAGAGGAGAUGAAAAUUGAUGAUGAUAUCUGUGGUGUUUUUGAGACAUCCAGCCGGACUGGAGAAAAUGUGGAGGCGCUUUUCGAGCAGAUUACAUUUGAUUUCGUUGAAGAACAGGAACAGAGGGAACGGGACGAUGAGAUUAAUAAGGACAUCAAUGCCAAUCGAACAGUUAAAUUAUUCGAAAAGACUGAUAACAAUGGCAAUACCAGAUGUGUAUGCAGCUAGCAGGGGGUUGCGAGUCCACAAGGGACUUGCUUUAACUGAGGACCUCUUGGUAGGACACGACAAGGGACUUGCAAUAACUAAGGACUUCUUGGUUGUACGCACCAAGGGACUUGCAGUAACUGAAGACUUCUUGGUAGAACAUUACAAGGACCUUUCAAUAACUGAGGACUUCUUUGGAUAUAAAACAGUAAAGCAGAUCUGUGGUGUCUCCUACAAGGUUGUGACUGUCCUUCUCCUAGGAGUGGGUGUGACUAUUGCACCAGACUCACCACUAAAGGUUGUGAAUAUUCAAUGUGAACAUCCUAGGACCCCGUGGGCAGAGGCCUUGUCUUAAAGACGAUAUAUACAUUGGCUACUGUAUAAAAAGCUUGCACAAAAGAUGAAUGUGUGAGAGAUCUGUAUUCUCCUCCAAGAUUGUGUGACUGUUUCGAAGAGGAUGUGUUGUGUAGGACGACUCGGUGACGAUGGGACCUUCACCCGUUAUAUCCUGGAUGGUAUUGGUACUGACUCAGCAGACUGAUAUUGUCAUUAUACAUGUAAAUGAGUUCAUUGAAAUGGCUUAUGACAUUCCGAUGGAAAUUGGAAUGCAUUGCAAGGUAAUAAAACACUUCGAUUAAAAAAUUCUCGGUAUUUGCCGAUGUCGUGUUAGAGGAACGAAAUCAGCGCCUCUAGUGUCAAGAUCGGGUGCCUGGCAAUCUCCUGGGCGCCGGGCCAAAUGUCCAAUUCACUUGCACCGCUGAAAUUGUCUGUGGCAGAGAUAGAAGGUCGAGUGAGGCUUGACGUCGCUGAUCACCGUUGACGACGCUGAUCACCGUUGACGACGCUUGGAGAAUGGGUGCCUGGCACUCUCCAAGCGUCGUCUGUGAUAAUCGUCGUUGCCAAGCUUGUCUCACUCUGCCACCAAACGAUUUCAGCGGGUGCAUGUAAAUUGGACAGUUGGCCCGGCGCCCGGGAGAUUGGGUGCCUGGUUGACGAAACAAUGGCCCGAUUGGUUGGCUAGCCUUGUGACGUCAAACUAUUUUUACACCGAGGGGUUUCAGACUGAUAUUGUCAUAAUCACAUGUAAAUGAGUUCACUGAAAUGGCUUAUGAAAUUCCGAUGGAAAUUGGAAUGCAUUAAUGUGUAUAUUGCAUGGUA